AAGAAGUAGAAGAAGAAGAAAAAGAAGAAGAAGUAGAGGGAGUGGGGUGUUCUGGGCGGACAAGAAGACCGCUGCACCGCAAGAAGUGACUUCAAACACCGCGCAACAUUCGCUGAAAGUCCGACCGCUUCUUCGUCUCUCUUCGUCAUGCGUCCCGGCUGCUGCUUCUGCUGCUGGUGAGAGGACAAAUCACCUUGCAGCUGGGGAUUUUCUGGCAGAGCUUUGUACCCGACCGGAGCAGUGAGCAGGCGGCGAAACAGGAGGUGGAUACUUCUCCAGGUUUCGGGACUGCGCCGCAUUCCAGCCCGGAGCGCAGCGCUCAGGAGUCGGACCCGGUGCGCUCAGUCUCUCCGCUCCGCGCCUCUUACAGAUUCCUGGAUCUUUCCUGGUUGUUUUCUUGUACAUCAAUAAUGCACAGUGAGAACUGCCUUCCUUUGAGCUAGAGAGAUAAACACAAACACAUCCCGCGUUUCCCCCCUGGCUGGAUUUGGAUUUAAUGCCCUUUUUGGCUGCGACCAUGGGUGGGUGGUGGAUAUUUGUUGGCGCUCUGGCUGGGAUCCUCACUGUCCCCUGUGGGAUACAUGGAGCUUGUAUCUACGAGGGAUCGCUGUAUGCGAACAACACAUCAUGGAGACCGCGGUCGUGUCAGGAGUGUACCUGCUACAGCGACGUGGCCAUCUGCAGGCCCACCCGCUGCCCCAACCCACAGUGUGACUUCCAGAGGGGCGAGCGUUUGAGGAUCCCUGCCAACAAGUGCUGUCCGGAGUGCAUCUCCUCGUCCCAGGGCUCCUGCCAGUACGAAGGAGUCAUUUAUGGACAUGACAGCCAGUGGAGUCCUUCACCCUGUUCAGUGUGUGUUUGCUCCAGAGGGAGUGUAUCCUGCAACACUCGCCCCUGCUCCCCUCUCAGCUGCCCUGGGGACCAGAGCCCUUUCAUACCAGCUGGAGAGUGCUGCCCAAAGUGUGGCCGCAAUGGAGAGUCUUGCUCCUGGCAGGGGACUGUGUACAGAGAUGGUGAAGAGUGGAAGCCCAGCCUCUGUUCCAGAUGUGCCUGCAGCAAUGGGGAAGUCCAGUGUUCAGUUGCAGAGUGUCAGCAAGUGGCCUGCAAACCGCAUGAGAACUUGGUGAUCCAGCCAGGCCAGUGCUGUCCUCAGUGUGUGUCCAACCCCUGUCUGUCUGCUGGUAAACAGUACCAGCAUGGCGAGCAGUGGCAGAAGAACGCCUGCACCACAUGUGUGUGUGACCAGGGUCAGUCUAAAUGCCACACACACACCUGUCGGCCAGUCACCUGUGACAAGGGUCUGACCAAAGUGAAGCGUGCUGGUCAGUGCUGUGAUGAAUGUGCCGCUGCCAAGGGAAGCUGCCUGUACGAGGGCGCUGUGCGUUACCAUGAAGACAUGUGGAACGGCACGGGCUGUGAGUUCUGUACCUGCAACCGGGGUCAGGUUCUCUGCCAGAGGGCAGAGUGUGGUCGUGUUGAAUGCCCGCAGGGUUCAGACCUCAUUCACCUGCCGGGGAAGUGCUGCCCAGAGUGUUCCACUGUGAAACCUUCCUGUUUGAACGAGGGGAAAUCCUACAAGGACCUGUCUCGAUGGACUGAUAGCGGUUGCCGGGAGUGUGAGUGCCGUGAUGCCCAGGUGACUUGUUAUCUGCGCUCCUGCCCCACCUGCCCGCCGGGCACCCUGGUCAUCACCCAGGAGGGUCGAUGCUGCCCCGAGUGUCGCCAAGUCCAGUGCCAUGCAGACUGCCUGUCAUGUCUGGGGACCCCUGACCAAUGUGAGAGCUGCAGGGACCCAAAGGCCUUCCUCCAUCUUGGCCGCUGUCUGUCCGUCUGUCCAGCUGGCUACUACGCCGAAGGACGAGUAUGUGCAGCCUGCCAGUCAUCCUGUGCCACCUGUUCCAGCAGGUGGGACUGCCAGUCCUGUGGCUCCCAGCUGCCCCUGCUGAGUGCUGAUAGUGGCCAGUGCCUGGCUUCCUGUCCUCCUGGUUCCUACCAGCACGACCACACACACUGUCGCAGCUGCCAUGAGUCAUGCUCAGAGUGCCGUGGGCCGGGCCAGCAGGAGUGUGUGUCAUGUUCGGACCCAGCUGCCUUGCUCAAAGAGGGGGAAUGUGUUCCUGACUGUGGCGCUGGUUUCUACGGUCAAGAAGGCAUCUGCUAUGCCUGUGAUUCGUCCUGCGCCUCCUGUUUCCCCGACAACCCCAAGUGCAUGAGCUGUCUGCCGGGGACCGCCUUGCAUCAUGGGAAAUGUAUUUCCCAGUGUCCAAUUCAGCAUUACCUGGACAACCACAGCAGAUGCAGAGGCUGUCACAGUUCCUGCGCUGCCUGUUGGGGUCCCUCUGUAUCCCAGUGUACCUUGUGUCCAGGUGGGCUCCUUCUCCACCAAGGCCAGUGUGUGGAGGCCUGUGGGGAGGGACUCUACUCCCAGGACAACACCUGCCACAAUUGUCAUCCCUCCUGUCGUUCCUGUGUGGGACCCUUGGCCUCAGACUGCCUCCGCUGUCUCAAACCAGAGGAAGCCCUCCUGCUGCAGUCCAGUCACCUCCAACACGGCGUCUGCACAGCUGGAUGUCCUGCACACAGCUUCCUGGAUUACAUGCAGACAUGCAGAGAGUGUCACCCCUCCUGCUGGCUCUGUACUGGGCCAUCUGCAGACAACUGUACAUCCUGUCCCUCCCUGUCCAGCCUGCACGAGGGCCGCUGUGUCCCCAGCUGCCCGCAAAGCUUCUUCAUCCAGGACAACCAGUGCCAAGCAUGCCACCCAUCCUGCCAGUCUUGCUCCGGGCCCUCACAGGCUGACUGCACCUCCUGCCCCCCGCUGGCCUCCCUACAGAGUGGCUACUGCAGGAUAAGCUGCCAAGAGGGGCAAUUCCUCAACGCUGUCACUGGAGAGUGCCUCAAGUGCAGUUCAGACUGUCAGCGCUGCACGGCUGACCUCCAGACGGGCAUCGGUAGUGUCUGUCUGUGGUGUAAAGCGCAGAGGAGCUGGCUGCUGGGCGAUCACUGCGUCUCCCACUGUCCCCGGGGCCACUACGGCUGGCAUGGAGCCUGCAUCAGAUGCCAUCCGUCAUGUGAUGCCUGCAGUGGGGCGGGGCCUCUCUCUUGUACUUCCUGUCCCGCAACCAGCGUUCUGUUGCCCUCGGGUCUCUGCGCUCCCAAAUGUACCCUUGGUUACUAUGACAACGGUCACAGGAUCUGUCAGGCGUGUGACAGCCAAUGCCUAACGUGCGACAUGGCCGAGGUUUGUACAUCCUGCCGUGACCCAGCCAAGGUGCUGCUGUUCGGAGAAUGCCAAUACGACAGCUGCGCCCAUCAGUACUACCUCAACACCACAACCCGGGCCUGCAGAGAGUGUGACUGGAGCUGUAACGCCUGUAAAGGCCCUCUGCGGACAGACUGCCUGCUGUGCAUGGAGGGAUAUGUGUUGCAGGAUGGAGUGUGCACCCAGGGGUGCUCCCCUGGCUCUUAUCAGGAUGGAGACAAAUGCCUCGGCUGUGAUGAUCACUGUGUGGAGUGUCGGGGUCCCGGAGAGUGCCAGCAAUGCCAGCCUCCUUACGCCACCCUGCAGGGUCAGUGUGUGCUAGAAUGUGGCAGAAACUACUUCCUGGACGCCUCCUCCCAAGUCUGCAAACCUUGCUCAUCCGACUGUGUGCUGUGUGACGCGGUCGGACUCUGCAAAGCUUGUCGUGACCAAACCUACCUCAUGGAAGGAUACUGCACACCCGACUGUGGACAUGGAUACUACGCUGACCAGAAGACCAGGACCUGCCACGUGAACACCCACCCCCCUGCCCUCCAGGUCAACGGUUCCCUGCUGGUUCCCCUCGGCGGUUUUGUCCUGCUGCCCCCCUCCCUGCUGCAGGUGAAGGACCCUGAUAGUCCAUCUGAGCGGCUGAUCUUCCAGCUCGGUCAGGGCCCGAGUAAUGGGCGGCUGGUCCUGUUCAGAGGGGAGGAAGGAGAAGGGAAGGGAGACCGAGGGAAGUCAGGUCGAGAACUGACCAGGAAGGACACCUUCACCUGGGCAGAGCUGAGAAGUGGCAGGGUCCGGUUCAGACACCAAAAAGACAAAGCCAGGACUGGUGAGUUCACCUUGCGUGUCGCUGACCCCCAGCUGUUUUCUCAACCAGAAACCAUUCAAAUUCAAGCCGUGUCAAUGCAGCCUCCGAGGGUCGUGACUCUAGCUCCUUUACCCGUGGAGGGCCGUGGCACCCUGGCAACUAUCACUAAGUCGGUCCUGCAGGUCGACGACCCCGACAACCCAGCCGAUGUCCUGGUCAUGGUCCUUGAACAACCCCGCCAUGGCCGGCUGACCCAGCUCCACGGCGACCGGGCGCUCAGCCGAUUCAAGCUGGAGGAGCUGUCACGGGAACAGAUCCAGUACAUCCAUGACGGCUCGGAGGGGACGGAGGACAGAGUGGUGCUGCAGGUCAACGACGGCCACAGCUACAAGAAUAUUCUCCUCCAAGUCCACAUCAAUCAGAAGGCUGCUGACUCUCCCCACGUGAUUUCAGUGCCGAUGACCUGGGUAAAGGAAGGAGGCAUGGUGCGACUGGAUAAAAAAUACCUGCAGGCGGACUACAAGGGAGUCAGCACUGAUGACAUCGUCUACACCAUCUAUGGCUCAGAUGGACAGCCUAAAUAUGGUGAGGUGGUGCUGGUGUCCAUGCCAGCUGACGGCCCGGCAGAAGGCUGGCGGCCCUCGCUAACCGACGACCAAGGCUUCACACCCACGACUUCCUUCACUCAGCAGGACGUCAACGACGGCACCGUCUGGUACCGCCACUUUGGCAGAGGGACCAACAGUGACUCCUUCCAGUUCCAGGUUUCCACAGAGACAGCGCCAGUCAUACAGAGUGAUGCCCAGACCUUCACCAUAGGAGUCCUGCCUCAGAUCCCAGGAUUCCCCCAGCUGGCCCCCGACUGUGACCUACAGAUCACGGCUCUGGAGGAUCGGGUGACAGAGAUAACUCCUUCAGCUCUGUCCUUCCUCGACUCUGAGACUCCCAGCGAGAAGCUCAUCUACAACAUCACCAAACCCCUACCGCAAGGACAAGGUGCGAUCGAGCAUCGGGACAGACCGUACACACCGGUGAAACAUUUCACUCAGGCCGACGUCAAUAAUGGCAAGAUCAUCUACAGACCACCACAGGCCCCUUCACAUCUCCAGGAGCUCUACCAGUACUCCUUUAUCGGCCUGCCGGAGUCGCUGAGCGUCUAUUUCACAGUGUCUGAUGGUGAACACACCACUCCUGAGUUGGACUUUGCCGUCCUGCUGCUGUCGAACCAUCAGCAGCCGCCGGUGUUUCAGGUUCUUGACCCGCUGCUGGAGGUCAGCGUGGGAGGACAGGCUGCCAUAGGCGGUCAGCAGCUGGCGGUGAGCGACGCUGACACGGCUCCAGAUGAGCUGGAGUUUGAGCUGGUGGAGGCCCCCAUCCACGGGGAGCUGAUUAAGACCGACGGCAGCACACACACCGUCAUGACCAACGGUGACACCUUCACCUUCAGCGACGUCACACGCAAUGUUCUGCUCUACCGACACACCGGCCUCUCCACCCUGGACGACGCCAUUACCUUCUCAGUUAGCGACGGCAUCUCCAUGGCAACCACAGCAGUGCAGGUGGUGGUGCUGGGCGCAGGGGACGACGGGCCGCAACGGGACCCGGCAGCCACACUGUCACUGGAAGUGGCUGAGAAAAGCAGCACUGUGAUCAUGCGCUCACAUCUGGCUUAUACUGACAACGCGUCCCCAGAUGACCAGAUUCAGAUCCAGUUGGUGUCAGUGCCAAUGUACGGCAUCCUGACCAGGAGCCAGUCCCAGCAGGAGCACCAGGAGCUAAGGGAGUACUCCUCCUUCACCAUGGAGGACAUCAGCAAGCACAGAAUCAGAUACAUCACUUCCUUAGAGACUGGCAGCCAGCCGGUCACCGACAUCUUCCACUUUGUUGUUUAUGACGGAGACAACAAUCGUCUUGACAACCAGAUGUGCACUAUCACCAUUACCUCCACGCCCAGACAGCCACCGGUGGUCACAGUCCACAGCGGCAUCAAGGUCCAGGAAGGCGGCCGAGUGCAGCUGUCUACCAAUCACAUCGUAGUGUCGGACCUGGACACACCCAGGAAGGACCUGCUGAUUUGGCUCGUCAGCCCUCCGAAGUACGGCUUUAUCGAAAAUACAGAGAGAGAAGGCUCAGUUGGUGGCUCAUGGGUCGUCACCCCUGAUGUGCCUUUCUCAGUGGAGGACCUGUCGUCGGACCACAUCUUCUACGUCCAGGACAGCCAGCACAAAGCUCAGGCCAAACAGGACGUCUUCAGCUUCUACAUCAGCGAUGGACACAGCCAGACAGAGGCUUUCAAUGUAGAAAUUGACAUCCAGCAGAGUAAAGAGGACAGAGAGCCUGCGGUGUCUGUCAGCAGCAUCCAUGUGGAGGAAAACUCUGGAGUCGUCAUCACCAACUCGUCUCUCAGCGUCCACGACCAGGACACACCAGAGAAUGAGAUCCUCUUCACCAUCAUCAGGAAGCCUUCCUACGGCAAACUCCGCAGACGGCAGUUCUACUCUCAGCCGCUGGAGAACGGCCGUGUCCUCACACAGGGCUCUACCUUCACCUACCAGGACGUCCUGGACCAGUUACUGGUCUACACACCUGAAACCGUCAGCGGGGGUGCCGAUGAAAUGGGCUUCACCCUCACCGAUGGCAUCUAUAAGCACACGGGCCGCCUCGAGUUCACCAUGGACGUCAGGAGGAGCGAAGGACCCAGAAUGACCGUCAACAGAGGCCUGCAGCUCCCGGCAGGAUCUUCGUCUAAGAUCACAGAGCAGAAUCUGAAGGGUACAGACAUCGACUCAGACAGCCUGAAGCUCAGGUAUGUCCUCACCAAAGACCCUCCAGCCGGCAAACUCCAGCUCAGCAAGAGCGGACGCGUGGAGAAAAUUUCUGUUAAAGGUCCCGUUCACAGCUUCACUCAGGAAGACGUCAACAAAGGACUGCUGCAGUACAGCCAUGAGAAAGGGGAGAAGGGAGGCAGCCUGUCUUUCAAGUUCAACCUGGUCGAUCCAGAGGGCAACAAACUGAUCGACCAGUCCUUCUUCAUCAGUGUGCUCGAGGACCGUCUUCCUCCGUCUGUGGUGGUGAACAAAGGCCUGGUGCUGGAUGAAAACUCAAUGAAAAAGCUGACCACGCUGCAGCUGUCGGCCAGCGACCAGGACAGCGAACCGGGCGAGCUUAUCUACCGCAUCACCAAACAGACGAGUCUGGGUCACCUGGAGCACGCUGCCAACCCAGGCACCAGAAUCAGCAUGUUCACCCAGGCCGAUCUGGCGUCACGCAGCAUCCAGUACGUCCACACCAGUGAAGAAGAGAAGCAUGCCGACCACUUCUCCUUCACCGUGUCGGACGGGACAAAUGAGGUUGCCCAGACGUUCUAUAUUACCAUUAAGCCAGUGGACGACUCCCUGCCGCUUCUCCUUAUUCCUGGCAUGAGGGUCCAGGAAGGAGUGAGGAAGACCAUCACCGAAUUUGAGCUGAAAGCCACUGAUGCAGACACUGAGGCGGAGUCCAUUGUCUUCACUGUUGUCCAGGCUCCUCGUCACGGCACCAUAGAGCGCACGAGCAACGGCCAACACUACCGGCAGACCAGCAGUUUCACCAUGGACGACAUCUACCAGAACCGCAUCAGCUACAACCAUGACGGCUCCAACUCGCUCAAAGACCGCUUCACCUUCACUGUGGCCGAUGGCACCAACCUGCUCUUCAUGGUGGAGGAGGGUGGCAAGGAGAUAGUGACUGCUGCUCCACAGAAGUUCAAGAUCGAUAUUCUGCCAGUUGACGAUGGCACGCCACGUAUCGUCACCAACCUGGGACUGCAGUGGCUGGAGUACAUGGAAAACAAGGCCACCAACCUGAUCACCAAGAAGGAGCUGCUGACCAUGGAUCCAGAUACAGAUGACGUACAGCUGGUUUACGAAAUCACCACAGAGCCAAAGCAUGGUUUCCUGGAGAGCAAGCUGAAACCUGGAAACCCCAUCCCCACCUUCACACAAGCUGAUAUCAACCUGGGUCUGAUCCGCUAUGUGCUGCAUCAGGAGAACGUUCAGGAAACCAUGGACAACUUCAAGUUCCUGGUCAAAGACAGCAAACCAAAUGUGGUCAGCGACAACGUCUUUCACAUCCAGUGGUCACUCAUCAGCUUUGAGCACAAAAGCUACAAUGUGAGUGAGAAGGCCGGCACGGUGGCGGUGACGGUGAAGCGAACAGGUAACCUCAACCAGUACGCCAUCGUGCUCUGCCGCACCGAGCAGGGCAGCGCCACCUCCACCAGCAGCGUCGGAUCCCAUCCAGGCCAACAGGACUAUGUGGAAUAUGCUGGACAGGUACAGUUUGAUGAGCGCGAGGACACCAAGGUGUGCACCAUAGUGAUUAAUGAUGACAAGGUGUUUGAGGGAACUGAGAGCUUCCACGUGGAGCUGAGCAUGCCUGUGUAUGCACUGCUGGGCGGAAACACGCGCGCCAUCGUCAACAUCAACGACACAGAGGACGAACCAACUCUGCAGUUUGAUAAGAAGACCUACCACGUCAACGAGAGCACUGGCUUCAUCCACGCACCCAUCGAGAGAAAAGGUGACACCUCCAGCACCGUGUCUGCUCUCUGCUACACCGUGGGCAAGUCAGCUCAGGGCAGCAGCCUCCACGCUCUGGAGUCCGGCUCCGACUACAAGAGCCGCGGCAUGACCGACGACAACCGCGUCAUCUUCGGCCCCGGCGUCAGCAUGUCCACCUGUGACGUUAAGCUCAUCGACGACAGCGAGUACGAGCUGUCUGAGGAGUUCGAGCUGGUGCUGUCAGACGCCUCGGAUAACGCCCGCAUGGGGGACGUGACGUUGGCAAAGGUCGUCAUCGAUGGACCCAACGAUGCAUCAACUGUUUCUCUUGGAAACGCCACCUUUACUUUCAGUGAAGAUGCCGGCACAAUUGAAAUACCAGUGCUGCGCCAUGGCAGUGACCUGUCCUCUGUGACCUCUGUGUGGUGUGCCACCCGACCUUCAGACCCCCCCUCAGCCAGCCCGGGGGUCGACUACAUCCCCAGCUCCAAGAAGGUGGAGUUCAAACCUGGAAAAACUGAAGAGACCUGCAGUUUGACCAUCAUGGACGACAUCCAGAACCCAUCCAUUGAAGGAUCUGAGUCUUUUGUGGUGUUCCUCAGUUCUCCUCAGGGUGCUGUCCUCCAAGAGCCCUACGAAGCGAACGUCGUCAUCACUGACACCUUCCAGGACAUUCCCAGCAUGCAGUUUGAGAAGAGUGCCUACACUGUGAAGGAGAAAGACAGUGUCCUCCACAUCCCCAUCAUUCGUACAGGUGACCUUUCCUUCAAGUCAUCAGUGCGGUGUUUCACUCGGACCAUGUCAGCCAUGGUGAUGGACGACUUUGAGGAGAGAAGGAACGCUGACGAGUCACGCAUCACUUUCCUCAAAGGAGAGAAGGUAAAAAACUGCACAGUUCACAUCAAUGAUGACUCUGUUUUUGAGCCCGAAGAGGAGUUCCAGGUGCAUCUUGGGACACCGCUGGGUGACCACUGGAGUGGCGCCAUGGUGGGCGUUAGCGACAUUGUCACCAUCACCAUCACCAACGAUGAAGAUGCUCCCACCAUUGAGUUUGAGCAGGCAUCCUACCAGGUCAGAGAGCCUCCUGGUCCAGAUGGCAUCGAGGUGCUCAACAUCAAGGUGAUCCGUCGGGGGGAUCUGGACCGGACCUCCAAGAUCCGCUGCAGCACCCGAGACGGAUCGGCCCAGUCUGGAGUCGACUACAAUCCCAAGAGCCGAGUGCUUAAAUUCACCCCUGGGAUGGACCAUAUCCUGUUCAAAGUGGAGAUUCUGUCCAAUGAGGACAGGGAGUGGCACGAGUCCUUCUCAUUGGUCCUUGGCCCUGACGACCCUGUGGAGGCGGUGCUCGGGGAGAUCACUAUGGCAACAGUGACCAUUCUGGACCAGGAGGCUUCAGGCAGCCUCAUCCUUCCUGCCACGCCUAUUGUGGUCUCUCUUGCUGACUAUGAUCAUGUCCAGGAGGUGACCAAGGAAGGCAGUAAGAAGACGCCCUCUCCAGGUUACCCUCUGGUGUGCGUCACCCCCUGUGACCCUCACUACCCCAAAUACUCUGUCAUGAAGGAGCGCUGUGAGGAGGCGGGCAUCAACCAGACCCAAGUUCACUUCUCCUGGGAAGUGGCGGCGCCCACCGACACCAGCGGUGCCCGGUCCCCCUUCGAAACAGUCACAGACACCACCCCAUAUACCGGCGUCAACCAUAUGGUCCUAGACAGUAUUUAUUUCAGCCGUCGCUUCCACGUUCGCUGCGUUGCUCAGGCCAGGGAUAAGGCGGGUCACCUUGGAACGCCACUGAGGAGCAACAUCGCCACCAUCGGCACAGAGGGCUCCAUCUGCCACACGCCUGUUACCACGGGAACCGCCAGAGGCUUCCAGGCUCAGUCCUUCAUCGCCACGCUCAAAUACCUGGACGUCAAGCACAAGGAGCACCCUAACCGUAUCCAUAUCUCAGUGCAGAUCCCCCAUCAGGACGGCAUGCUCCCCCUGGUGUCCACUAUGCCGCUGCACAACCUGCACUUCCUGCUGUCAGAGUCCAUCUACAGGCAGCAGCACGUCUGCUCCAACCUUGUUACCCUCAAAGACCUGCAGGGUCUCUCCGAGACAGGUUUCCUGGAUGAUGUGUCCUAUGACAGCAUCUCUCUGGGGCCGGGUUAUGACCGCCCCUACCAGUUCAACCCCAACGUCCGGGAGGCCAAGAGCAUCCAGCUCUACAAGCACCUCAACCUCAAGAGCUGCAUCUGGACCUUUGACGCUUACUACGACAUGACUGAGCUCAUCGAUGUCUGCGGGGGCUCCGUCACCGCCGAUUUCCAGGUUCGGGACUCGGCUCAGUCCUUCCUGACGGUGCAGGUUCCUCUCUACGUGUCCUACAUCUACGUGACGGCACCGAGGGGCUGGGCCUCCCUGGAGCAUCACACCGAGAUGGAGUUCUCUUUCUUCUACGACACCGUGCUCUGGAGGACAGGUAUCCAGACUGACAGCGUCCUCUCAGCCAGACUGCAGAUCAUCAGGAUCUACAUCAGAGAAGACGGACGACUGGUGAUUGAGUUCAAAACCCACGCCAAAUUCAGAGGUCAGUUUGUCCUCGAACACCACACUCUGCCGGGCCACAAGUCCCACCUGAUGGCACCUGACCACCUUGGAGGCAUCGAGUUUGACAUACAGCUGCUGUGGAGCGCUCAAACCUUUGACUCACCGUACCAGCUGUGGAGGGCCACCAGCUCCUACAGCAGGAAGGACUAUUCUGGAGAGUACACCGUCUUCUUGAUCCCCUGCACUGUCCAGCCCACUCAGCCCUGGAUCGACCCCGGUGACAAACCUCUGUCCUGUACGGCUCACGCUCCAGAGAAGUUUCUGGUGCCGAUCGCCUUCCAGCAGACAAACCGGCCUGUUCCUGUGGUUUACUCCCUCAACACGGAGUUCCAGCUGUGUAACAAUGAGAAGGUGUUCAUGAUGGACCCGGCCACCGCUGAGGUCUCUAUGGCUGAGAUGGACUACAAGGGAGCGUUCUCCAUGGGUCAGACUCUGUACGGCAGGGUGUUGUGGAACCCUGAGCAGAACCUGAACGCAGCCUACAAACUGCAGCUGGAGAAGGUUUACCUCUGCACCGGUAGGGAUGGAUACGUUCCCUUCUUUGACCCCACGGGAACGCUGUACAACGAGGGGCCGCAGUACGGCUGCAUCCAGCCUAACAAGCACCUCAAACAUCGCUUCCUACUGCUGGAUCGUAAACAGCCAGACGUUUGUGACAAAUUUUUCCACGAUGUUCCCUUUGAGGCUCACUUAGCCUCAGACAUCCCAGAGCUGCAGUCCAUGACAGCCAUGCCGGGCGUGGACGGCUUUACAAUGAAGGUUGAUGCUCUCUACAAGGUGGAGGCGGGGCACCAAUGGUACCUGCAGGUGAUUUAUGUGAUCAGCCCGGAGUCGCGGUCCAGCCCCAGGAUUCAGCGCUCGGUGACUUAUGAGCUGAGCCGCUCCAAGCGCGACCUGGUGGACCGCAGCGGCCGUCUGACACUGGACGAGUCGCUGAUCUACGACAACGAGGGCGACCAGGUAAAGAACGGCACCAACAUGAAGUCGCUCCGCCUGGAGGCCGGGCCCUCCGCAACCUUCAACGCCCACAUGGGCACCUCGGUGGGCGGGGGCGUGGCCGCCCUCACCCUGCUGGUCCUGGUCCUGCUAGCCUCCUGCUUCCUGCUCCGCCGCUGCCGACGGUCGAACAAGAAGAAGAGCAAGAAGGCUCAGAAAGUGUAUGAGGAGUAUCCGCUCAACACCAAGGUGGAGGUGUGCAUGGACAAGUGUGUGGAGAAGAACUUCAGCACCAAACACUGCACAGUGAGGAACAUCAACAUCCUCAACCGCAACCAGGAGCCCAACGGCAAGGCCAAGGUCAAACAGGUCAACCUGGAGGUCAAACUCCACAACAACCUCAACGACGGCACUGAGGUCUGAAACACUGACGAGGAACAGGAGGAAGGGCAGAGGAGGAGUAGGAAGUAAAAUUAUAAAAAGGUAUUUUCUAAAAGAAAGUUUGUACUUAAGGAACGAGAUGUUUGUUAAUGUAUUUUUAUACCACUUUAAAAAAGGGAAGAGUGUGACGUGCAGACAGCUACGCAGCGUUUUAAUCAUUUCACAACUGGGCUACCUCAGGAAUCCAUAAACCACUCAGCUGCGUGAAACAGCCAAAACAUCUGCAUCUGAAACUGUUGCUAAUUUCAUCACUGUCUUACUUGACAUUUACGUCCUUUUUAGCACCAAAAUGGUGACUGGUAGCUCAGACACUGGUGAUUGUUUCGACAAAAACACUUCUCUGCUGCAUUGAGUCAUUUCACUGCUAAUAAAUGUUACUCUGUAGAGUAGUAGUCAGUGUAGAAGUCCUCCUUUUCUGCAUUUAUCAUUAUAGUUCACUGUUUCUGCCGAAAAAUUAACUCUUAAAAACUCUGAUUAAACACAACAAAGGCUAAUUUUCCUGUGGAGCGACUUCUACAUCAGCUACAGCUGCUUCUGACUGCUGUGAAAGUAUUAAGCACAUACAGUGUGCCGUUAUCGUCCGAGGCUGAAUGAGUGCAGAGUGUAAAUAAUAACAAAAAUGAAUGAUACCUAUUCAAGUGCAAUUAUGCCAUAACUUUAGUUAAUCCUUCCCUCAUGAGCAGGAACCUUAUUUGCAUUAAAAAAAAUUGUAUUUCAAGCCUUACUUUGAGACAUUUGUACUGUCACGUUGAACAGAUCGUUCUUCUUGUUUCAACACAAAUUCUCAUUUGUUUUGUUUGUACUGUAUUCUGAUAGCUGCCAAUAUUAAGUGCCAUGCAGUAUUUUUCCUCACAAAUCAUCCAAAGUGUUUUCUUUUUCUUUUCCAAGAGUGAGAAAGUGGACAUUUCCAUGUGAUUGUAAAUCAGACGCCGACAUUUGGGCAACAACAAAGCUUUCGAUCUCAUCCACAUGACAUGCUUUAGCCUUACUACUGUUCUAAUGAAAAUAAUCACUUUUUAAAAUGAUGUAUUUUAUAAAAGAUGUGUGUCUACCUGCCUUCGUUCCGCCCAGACACAAAAUCCCUCACUUAAUUUUUAUUUGCUCACAUCUCACUAAAAUGUUUUUUUUUUUUUCAUUUAUGUAUUAUUAUGUUACCCUUUUAUGAUGUAUUAUGUUACACUCAGCUACUGAUGUAAAAGUUACUGUAAUUUUUUUUUAAGUGUAUGACACUGGUUGGAGAGCACUGCAAAAGAAAAAACUUGUUUCUCAUGUGAGAUGUUGACGUGUGUUUCUCUCUCUGAUCCACCCCCUGUUUUCUUUCAACUGUGUGCCUAUCAAAACAACACGGGAACAGGAAAUCAUGGGAAAUAACGAUAUAUUUUUGGUGCUAUCAUUUUGUGGAAAAUAACUACGAUGCUAUCAACAUGAUGCCUGUAUUUGGUGCCUUUUUUAGUAAUAAAUUUUUUUUGAAACCCA